AUGCCAGCUGCCCGUGACAUUCUGGUAGAUGGUGAAAGAUCCACGUUGGCUUUCUCAGAGCCAGUGCUAUCGAAAGUCUCCACGACACCAGAUUCAUGUCCUGCAGAGGCAAACCAUCUUGACUGCACUCAUCCUGGUAUGCGAGAAAAUGGCUUACCCGACGCGGUUCCUGAUACAAAGGAAAUGGAGACUUCCCGACUCUCCUGCGUGCCCUGUGUGACCGCGCCAACACCCGCACCCGAACAGGCGAAUAAUGCCCUUAGCAACCAAUCUGCAGUGGGCAAUUCCGAACAAGAAUCAGCCAAGCGGAAAUUGCCUAUCACAGGCCCCUGCUCCUAUGGCAGUAUGCACCCUGGCGACUGUGAAAAGGAUACUGAGCCCAGUCAGACAUCUGACCUAGGUGAAGAUCCAUGCCCCCGGGCAAACGAUGCUCCGGAGCCAGCUAGAGUUUCCGGCACUGCUGAAGACAAGUCAGGCCCACCUGGCUCGUCCCCUCCGCCGACCGUGUACUCUACUCCCGAAUGUUCUGGUGCUCGAACGACGCCGAGUUCCGAUAGCCUGGCGCGCUAUCCGUCAAUAGCUGUGGUUAUACCGCCACCAUCAUGGAAGCGAGGAGCCAUCCGGACAAGCACAAGGGCCGCUGCGGCGGUGUGCAAAAAGCGACUUCGCUCAGCCCGAGACACCGACAGCCACCAAGAUCGGAAUGCAACCUUCUAUGACACAGAACGACCAGGUCAGAAGAAGAAGAAGCGGAGAACUUCAACCAGGCCUCUUUCUGAUCCUCCGGGCUCUUCCAUUCCCGUUCCAUGCCAUUGUUCUGGUGCUAUCCAGGGUGUCCGCGGGAGUGCUCUCCUCACGGUCGAAUCUAAUUCCGGUCUGAAACCAGCAUAUUACUUUACUUUCGUACCCGACCCUGGACCGAUGCCGUCUCGGCCCCAUACGGCGGAUAUUUCAGGGAAACAAAAGCCAUACACGUCGGACGAGAAUGCGCUGCUGGUGCGGUUGAAGGAAAGAGAGGCAAUGUCAUGGUCUGAGAUUACCGCUUACUUCCCAGGCCGUAAUAUGUCAUCCCUUCAAGUCCACUAUUCUACCCAAUUACGCCACAAGGCCAGCUCUCGGUCUGGAAAAUCAAGGAGACGCGAAUGA